AUGUUAGCCUUGAUCAAUCGUAUUCUUGAUUGGAUUAAAAGCUUGUUUUGGAAAGAAGAAAUGGAACUUACAUUAGUUGGUUUACAAUAUUCGGGCAAAACAACUUUUGUGAACGUCAUUGCUUCUGGACAGUUUAGUGAAGAUAUGAUUCCUACAGUUGGAUUCAACAUGCGCAAAAUUACCAAAGGAAAUGUUACUAUUAAGGUCUGGGAUAUUGGUGGUCAGCCUAGGUUCCGAUCAAUGUGGGAAAGAUAUUGUAGAGGUGUGAAUGCUAUUGUUUAUAUGGUAGAUGCAGCGGACCCAGAUAAGAUUGAGGCGUCCCGUAAUGAAUUACACAAUUUAUUGGAAAAGCAGCAACUGACAGGUAUCCCGGUGCUGGUGUUGGGGAACAAGCGUGAUCUGCCGCAUGCACUGGACGAACACGGCCUUAUUGAACGCAUGAACCUAUCUGCGAUCCAGGACCGCGAGAUCUGCUGUUAUUCGAUUUCGUGUAAGGAAAAGGACAAUAUCGACAUUACUCUUCAAUGGCUGAUUGCGCACAGUAAGUCGGGCAGCGCGCGUUAA